UGCGUCUCCCGAAGCCCGGGCGCCAGAGCGGGCCUCGGGCCCGCGGAGCGCGCACGCCCCUUGCGCGCGCCUGACGCCGGGGGGCCUGACGCGCUCUGCGCCCCAGCGCGGGGGGCAGGGUCCCGGGGUCGCCGCGAUGGACUCGCUGGCAGCACCCCAGGACCGGCUGGUGGAGCAGCUGCUGUCGCCGCGGACCCAGGCCCAGAGGCGGCUCAAGGUGUCUCCGCCGUCGCCGCAGCCAGCCACCCCCGCGGCUGGAUCGAGGCCAGACGGGGCCUCCCACCCCCUGCACGCGGGAGGGGACAUCGACAAGCAGUACGUGGGCUUCGCCACGCUGCCCAACCAGGUGCACCGCAAGUCUGUCAAGAAGGGCUUCGACUUCACGCUCAUGGUGGCGGGGGAGUCCGGCCUGGGGAAGUCCACACUGGUCCACAGCCUCUUCCUGACUGACUUGUACAAGGAGCGGAAGCUGCUCAGUGCCGAAGAGCGCAUCAGUCAGACGGUCGAGAUCCUGAAGCACACGGUGGACAUUGAGGAGAAGGGGGUCAAGCUGAAGCUCACCAUCGUGGACACGCCAGGCUUCGGGGACGCGGUCAACAACUCUGAGUGCUGGAAGCCCAUCACUGACUACGUGGACCAGCAGUUUGAGCAGUAUUUCCGGGACGAGAGCGGCCUCAACCGCAAGAACAUCCAGGACAACCGCGUGCACUGCUGCCUGUACUUCAUCUCCCCCUUCGGGCACGGGCUGCGGCCGGUGGACGUGGGCUUCAUGAAGGCUCUGCACGAGAAGGUGAACGUCGUGCCCCUCAUCGCCAAGGCUGACUGUCUCGUCCCCGGUGAGAUCCGGAAGCUGAAAGAGAGGAUCCGGGAGGAGAUCGACAAGUUUGGGAUCCACGUGUACCAGUUUCCUGAGUGUGACUCGGAUGAGGACGAGGACUUCAAGCAGCAGGACCGGGAACUGAAGGAGAGCGCACCCUUCGCUGUUAUCGGCAGCAACACGGUGGUGGAGGCCAAGGGCCAGCGGGUCCGGGGGCGUCUGUAUCCCUGGGGGAUCGUGGAGGUGGAGAACCAGGCGCACUGCGACUUCGGGAAGCUGCGCAACAUGCUCAUCCGCACGCACAUGCACGACCUCAAGGACGUGACGUGCGACGUGCACUACGAGAACUACCGCGCGCACUGCAUCCAGCAGAUGACCAGCAAACUGACGCAGGACAGCCGCAUGGAGAGCCCCAUCCCCAUCCUGCCGCUGCCCACCCCCGACGCCGAGACCGAGAAGCUCAUCCGGAUGAAGGACGAAGAGCUGAGGCGCAUGCAGGAGAUGCUGCAGAAAAUGAAGCAGCAAAUGCAAGACCAGUGACCCCGCCGCAGCCCCACGUCGCUGCGGAUGUGCCGCCAGUUUCCGGGCUGGCCCUUCCCGCCCCUGGACCCCAACUGGCUUGGACGCGACCCGGGAUGCGUCUGGGUCGCCGACAGGCCUGGACACAACCCCGACCCCAGAGCGGCCCAGACCUGGGCUUUUCCCUCCUGUUCCCGAAGUGGCCCAGGGAGGCGGGGUCGCCGCCCCCAGCCCACCCUAAUUUAUUCUCAGCGUCGGCCCCUCCC